UCUGGCCCCAGCCCAACAUGGGCUGGUGACGAGCCUCUAACUUAGCGCAGCAGUGUGGCUCUUGCCAGCCCUGACGUCACAGUAAACACAACCACUAAACAUGACGGACUUGUUAGUGAAAAAACUGACAGCUGAGGACUUUAAUGCUGAAAGAUAUGUUCAAGACCUCAGCCAUAGUAGUGUUGGGGACUUGGAGUUACGACAACAGAGACAAAGGAUUCAACAUUUGGCCGAGGAAACGAAUGCUCAACUUAAGAAAAAUGUUUAUAUGAACUACAUGCAGUUCAUAGAGACUGCCAAAGAAAUAUCAUACCUUGAAAGUGAGAUGUACCAACUUUCUCACCUUAUCACAGAACAGAAAUCUUUAUUAACAUCCCUACUGGAACUGUCAGUUGCAGGAGAAAGAGGCCCAGGCAGUGCUGCUCAGGAAAUGAUAGAAGUUAACCCACAAGAAAUGAGAAGAAAACGAGAACGUGAAAAUAGAAAAAAGUUGACUGGUCUUUUGGAAAAAAUAGAAGGAUGCUCACAUGUGAUGGAGGUAGAGGAUCGCUACCUAGUGUAUGAUGGUGACUUGGUAGAGCUCAACCAAGAUGAUUACUCUGCCGAGCAGAGAAUUCAUUGUUAUCUACUGAAUGACUCAUUGAUGAUUGCUUCUUGGCUUAGUGAUAGACGUGGCCCAGUUCGUUACAAGUUUGAAGUCUUGUACCCUCUUGAUCAAGUACUACCAGUAAAUAUUAAAGAUCGAGGUAAUACCAAAAAUGCUUUCAAGGUAUUAAUCUUCCCUGAUACACGAGUCUUUAUGGCACCAACGGCGAAGUCUAAGCAAGAUUGGCUUGACGAAAUCGAACGCACGAAAGCUAACAAAGUAACAGUUGAUAAGCAAAAGGUGGAACGUGCUCAUUUACACCAAAAGGAACGACAGCAGUCCCUUAGUAAAGAGGAUUCCCUAGACAGCAAUAAUCCAUUUGGUGAAGAUGAUGACAGCCUCAAUCCCUUCCAAGAAUCACAGCCACCUUCCAUGGGACCACCUGAAUGGGUGUUAGAAUUACCAGAAGAACUGGAUCAAGCCAUUGCCCAACGUAACUUUGAGGACGCUGUGAGUCUCAUAGAUAAUGGCCGUGAAUAUUUUGACAUGGCUCCCAAAACACCAGCUUACAGUGAGAUGAGACGUGCUCUUGAAGGUCGAGUACGAUGCUUGGUCGAUGUCCUGCAGGCUGAGUUACGGGUAACACCAGAAAAGUCUCUCCAAGGUGGACCACGUGCUGCACGUCGAGCCACAACAUUACUUGUCCAUCUCAACAAGUCAAGUCAAGCUUGUGAAUUGUUUUUGGGACACCGAGGGGCCAUCCUGAAGGCAGGCCUUAAACGCUUAAGGUUGGAAGGAAAGACAGUUUUGUAUGUUCGACAGCUAUGUUCAAUUUUCUUUCACAAUUUACUGGAGACUGGACGAGAAUUUACUAAAGCCUUCCCAUCUAAUCGCAGUUGCACUUCAGCAUUUGUGGUUUGGGCUCACAGUGAAAUAAACAACUUUGCAUCUAUGUUCUCACGGCAUGUGUUUACUACUCAGACUUCUAUCACUACUGUAGCAGAAUGUAUCAGUCAAGCUGACCACCACUGUCAGCAGCUGGCAGAUAUUGGUUUAGACCUGACGUUUGCUCUUCACACACUUCUGCUACGAGAUGUUGAAAAGUGGAUUCGUGAUGGUCGUGACAAGAUGGUAGAGGCAGUGAAGCUCAGAGGACAAGAAGACACAUGGAAGACAUUGAAGUUUGAGAACAAGGACCAGAUCAAUAAAUUCAUUGAGGACAUGAAUGAUGUUGGAAUUGCUAAUAUUCAGGCAUACAUUAUGGAUGAAUUGGGUGUUGGAUUAACAAAUAAUAGUAUUCAGUUCAGCCGGGCUUUCCUUGGGUACUUGGAAGAUGUCUUGCGACUGUAUUGGCCAGAAACUGAGCACCUUAUAAAUGAAUCCCUCACAGCACUCUUCUCUGCUCAACUGCGUCACUGCAAGUCUUCCUUAGCUGAACCUCUUUUUAAAAAUGAAAUUCCUACAAUCCGACGAAACAGUGCCUUCCUUCUUGAUGUGAUUCUGACUUUAGGGGAACAUCGGUAUGCUGAGACUGUGGGACGUGCCCAUCCUACCCUUCCAAGUCUACACUCUCAAAAUGCUGCUCUGACUGGGAAUACUAUUAAUGUACCCAAAGUUAAUAAAUAUGAGUCAAACUUCAUCUGAUUUAGGGAAUGCAGUAAUAUACCCAGUAUGUAAAAUGAAAUGCAGUAACUGACUCGCUUUCCAAGAGAUGCUAUUUCAUGUUUACAUGUACUACCAUUGCAUUGGAAAGAGAAUAGGGAUAAAAUAAAAUGUGUAUUUCAUGAAUAAAUAUUGAGAUACCUCCUGACAUGAGACAUAAAAAUACUAAAAGAAAAUAUUCUGUGUAUAUCCUUUUGCAAAUAUAAAAAAUAUUUUGUUUCUUUUGAUACAUAUACAGUAUAUCAUAUUUUCUUAGGUAUCUAAAAGUUAAAACAAUAUUACACAAUACAUCCUGUAAGUAUUGGUUAGUUCAAGACAUUUAGGAAAAAUAAAUGAGCUCUCUGGGAGGGCCUCCUUAGUAGCUUCCUAAAGCUAAGCCAUGUCUUGGGGAAAGUAAAUGCACCAGGUCUCUGAGCACUAAUACUAGUUAUAGGUAUUAUUAGGUAUAGUCACUAAUGUCUAUACCUAUUAAGAUUCAGGACCAGAAUCUAGCUCUUUCUGAAGCAAGGGUAGAUUGAGGGAUUAGAGAUCAACCCAAAACCUAGAAAAAACACCAAAUAGCAGCAGCACUACAAAACUAGCAACUGCUUAAAGGAAAUUAGAUACCCAGACAGAAAUAACCAAAUGAUUGUUGCCACAGUUGAAACACCUUAACCAUGAUGAGUCCCUUCAUGGGUGGUUCCUUAAUGUGUUUAUUAUCUCUCAGUAAAUUUAAGAUAUUUGAACUUUGCCCGGUUCUGAGCCAAACUGAUGUUAUGUUAAAUGAAUGUGCAGACAUUGCUGUCAAGGAGGUCAUUCACACGUCCUAUUUCAUGAAAAGAGAUUCCUCAUUCGAAUUUCUACCAAGUCAUUCAUUCCCACAAUUUGCGUCUGUUGGCAGAGUGAUUGGUUUGGCAUUACUGGUAAGAAGCUGCACAUCUUUAAAGGUGACCUAAUACCUUGGCCUUCCUUCUGCCACCAUAAUAGAUGGUGGGAAACAGCUCUGUCUAGUUAUGUAUCAGCCCAACACACUUAACUCGUGAGCAAUUAAUGGACCACCACCCUGCUUCUUAUUGUGCAAACUGCAUUGUCCCACUUGGUCAAGCACCUCCUUGAAGAUUUUCCUAAUUUUGAGGAUGAUCAUAUGUUUUGCUUUCCUAAUGAUUCUCGGGGUCAUUUGUCCCUUGAAAGAAUUAUUGGUGAAGCCGAUACCUUCGAUAUUGCUCACCUUAUUUGCUUUUGUUCUAGUAUUGGCAUCUAGUGAUGUUUAGCACUUUUUUGAAUAUCCAGCAACACAGACGAUGCUACAUAGUCUUCCUGACUUGGCGCCUUAUUUUGAUGAUUACUUUCUUAACCGUGAUGUGCCUGACCACCAUUAGGUGGCAGUCCAUGUCACAUGGGGUCUACUGUGCUUUAAUUUAUGUAAGUAACCUCGCAGAGAGAGAGAGCUCAUACGUGUUAAUGUUUCCGGAUAGAUAAAAAUUUAAGAGAGUAAGAAUUGAAGAGGAUUGUAGGGUACUGCAAGAAGACCUUGACAAACUUCAGUAGGAGGCAGAUAAAUGGCUGCUGGAAUCCAUUCCAUAUGUGUAAAGUAAUGAAAAUGGAUAUGAGAGAGAGAUAGAGUAAAUCUGUGAUUAACUACACAUAAGGCGGCAAUUACGAAAAAGACCUGGACCCGGAUUCAUAAAGCAGUUACACAAGCACUUACGAACCUGUACAUCUUUUCUCAAUUUUUGGCGGCUUUGUUUACAAUUAUUAAACAGUUAGUGAGCUCCGAAGCAGCAGGAGAC